GUACAUCCAGGUUUAGCGGGUUCCGGUCCGGUCCCAAAAAGUUUGACGAGUGAAAUGAUGCUGAAAAGAUUUUUUCUCAUCGUCUUCACUGUUAUAAAGAUCUAUUGUACCACAGGUGCUUUGUUGCUGACAUCCGACAAACAGUAUGCACAACUACAAGGUGAUAUAACGUUAACCUGCAACACGAGUGAUAAUGCUAGAUUUAUUGAGUUUAAAUGGAAUGACAACUAUGUGGGAAGAUGCGGCAUAUUUGCUUGUGAGACAACACAUGCAAGAAAGUUUAUAGUGAACAAGAAUACAGAGCCUGUUGGCUACAACAUCUUCACCGUAACGGUGAAGGGCUUUGAGGUGAGCGACGAAGGCUUUUAUACAUGCGAUAAUACAGACUUAUCGCAGGUCUCUGGAAUACAAAUCACGUAUGCAGUUAACAUCACAUCAGUGACACUAACUCCAAAUACCGACCCUAUAUCGGUGAUUGAAAACGUUCCACGGCUUUUCCGCUGUGUUACGUCAACGUGUCGUCCUGCAGCCUCGGUAACGUGGUAUCUGGGUACUACACAGCUGAUAUCUGGAAUUGAGUCAAGCACCUCGAAUGACGUCACUACCAGUACACUUAACUACACCUCACAGAAAAAACACCAGGACAUGCGAAUCCACUGUCGAGGAAGUAAUGGUGGUCAACUUCGCAUAUCCGAAGACCGACCCAUGCUUAACGUUCUAUACGGCCCAGGUAAACCCGUUUGUAGACUUGAUGGGUCAGCGUUGUCAUCUACUGUAGCAGUAAGAGAAGGCUGGGAGUUUCGUUUAAAUUGCACCAGCGACGGUAAUCCGUCGCCAAGUGUUUCCUGGACCCACCCUGGGGACGGACAAGCUAGUCCUCUUUUCAUCAGCGGCAUUCAAAGAACACAUAAGGGAUUAUUUAGGAUACAAGCACGGAACUUUCUGGUUCCAUCCAAUCAAAAGGCAGUUAAUCUCACAAAGGACAUUAAUGUCACAGUCGACGUUCAAUAUCCACCGGAUCCGCCGAGUUGCCGCGUCGGAUCGACUGCCAUAUUAUCAGACAUCGUAUCAGCAAUACGAGGAAACACUAUCACAAUCAACUGUUCCUGUGAUAGCAACCCGCCAUCCAGGUACUCGUGGUCUGUAACCAGAGUUUCCACUCCAACUUUUGGACAAAGUCUUGACCUGCUCAUUCGGAACACAACUACGAUAACGUUGACCAUGGAAAACAGCAUGCAAUUUACAAACGGAAGUACUGAACAGGGGAGACGUGAGUCGCCAUUCGACGUUAGAGUUUUGUAUCCCCCGAGCAGCCCCACCUUUUACAACGGCGGAACAACUGGGCCGCGUAUUACAGGAAACAGCCUCUCUGUCAUUCGGGGCAAAUCAGUCACCGUCGCAUGUGUAUCCAUCGGCAAACCCGCUGCCUCGUACUCAUCCUGGAAUGGCGCUAGUCAGCUGUGGACAUUCACUGCUAACUCGGACACAUCGAGGACGUGCGUGGCCUCGAACACGCUCAACCCGACCGGAUACAACGACGAGUCUAAAUCCGUAUCGGGCACACUGAAUAUUAAAGUAAUGUAUGGUGCUUCAAUCACAGACUUUGCUAUAACGAAUCUUGAAGGCAAUGAUGAUUUGGUAUUAGUUGAAGGUUCUCGUGUUAGCUUUCAUUGUACUGUAGAUAGUAACCCUGGUUCAUAUAUUGAGAUACUGAAGGAUGGACGAUCUCUCAAACACAAAAGCAAUGCACAGAAUCUUACUCUUGUGAUCGGAGAAAGUAAAUGUGAAGAUGACGGCAUAUACACGUGUACGGGACGUAACGUCCACGACUCCACCCCUGCUAUGAAGACAUUGCCAGUUUUUGUCAAAUGCUCUCCGCGUGCUUCCACAGACUCACCAUCAGUUUAUCAUGUGACCAGCGUUACCGACGUACCCGCAAGUUUGACCUUCAACCUGGUAGCCUAUCCGCGCCCUGAUACAUCAGACUUUAAAUGGGAGAAACAAGACAUGACUGGGAAUGUAUGGGAAGUCCUACAUAACACACAGAACGUUGAGAUAGUUGUCUCAGUGGAUAAACUCCAGACAAGCCUAUUUUUGACCAGCGUGCAGGAAGUCGACUUUGGAUACUAUAGAGUUAACGUGAGCAAUGAAGUAGGACGUACUUCUGAAGUAUUCCAUCUUCAGUUGCAAGAGUCAAGUCCGAGUGCUGGUGCAGUUAUUGGCGGUGCUGUUGGAGGAAGUGUCGGAGCGCUAGCAUCCAUAGUUGUGAUCGUGGUUUUUCUUAGACGGAAAUAUAGAGUGAAUUGUAUCAUUGUACGAAAAAGCGAUGUUCCUUCUGGAAAAUCCGUAUCCUCUGCAGAAAAUGCUGAACCUAACGCAGCUCAGACAUACGAGGAUAUUUCCAUGACAACUGCAACACUAGGAUACGACGUACUUAAACAUGGAACCAAUAGACUCGACAAUUCGCAGGUGUACACGCCGUCGGAUGAGCCAAGUUCAUAGUCCUAUGUUAACGUCGAAAGUGUCAGGAAAGAGCACACCGUUUAGAACAACACUAUUAUGAAGCGACAACCGGGAGGAUAACCCACUGUAACGUCUUUUGAGGAUACAAACAUGCUAUAUUUGACAGUGUAAUUGUGUUUUCCAGGGAAAUACUGUUAUGUAUUUUUAAGUGAACGUAUCGCUGAACGAUUAAUAACUAAAUAUUACAAACUGAUGGAUUUUUGUAAGGAAACAUCAGUGAAGAGAAAUAAGGGAGCAUGUAUUCUUAUUUGAUAAAUUACACGGUUAGAUAAAAAGUGAAUAUUAACUUUUUUUACACAAAUAUUUUAUGAUCUAGUUUUACGUCUUGAAUAAUUGACCCUCAUUAAAUCUUGUACCAAUGCA